UGGAAAUUUCGAUUCGGUUACCAUAUCAAAUUUGGGCGGGCGAGGAAUAAACCAAACCGGUCGAGAGUUCACGAGCCACGGAGAGAUCUUGGCGAUGAGUUGUCGGAGAUUCUUCUCGAUCCCGGUCCUUUUGGUGAUUCUGGUGAUGGGUUUCGUGUAUUACGUCACACUGUUUGUUUUCAUCGAUGAUUGGGUUGGUUUACAAAGCUCAGCUGGGAAAUUAAACGCCUUACUCUUCAGCUUAUUGGCGUCUCUCUGUCUCUUCUCGCUCUCAAUUUGCGUUCUUGUAGAUCCAGGUCGUGUUCCUGCAUCUUAUGCUCCUGAUGUUGAGGACUCUGGCUGGUCCAAUAGUAACGUUACAGAAACAAGGAAAUGUGAUAAGUGCUUUGCAUAUAAGCCUCUUCGGACUCACCAUUGCCGGGUUUGCAGAAGAUGCGUCUUGAAGAUGGACCAUCAUUGCCUCUGGAUAAAUAACUGUGUUGGUUAUGCAAACUAUAAGGCUUUCUUCAUUCUUGUGUUUUAUGCAACCGUGGCUUCCAUCUACUCUACAGUGUUGCUGGUUUGCUGUGCAUUCAAGAACGGAGAUUCCUAUGCGGGAAAUGUUCCGCUCAAAACUUUCAUUGUUUCUUGUGGGAUCUUCAUGAUCGGACUAAGCAUAACACUUGGGACUCUCCUUUGUUGGCAUAUCUACCUCAUCACACACAAUAUGACCACCAUUGAGCAUUAUGAUUCAAAGCGGGCCUCAUGGUUAGCUAGAAAAUCAGGACAAAGCUAUAGGCAUCAAUUCGAUGUUGGCUUUUACAAAAACCUCACCUCGGUGUUAGGCCCUAACAUGAUCAAAUGGCUAUGCCCCACAUUUACUAGGAAUCCUGAAGACGGUAUUAGCUUUUCUGCAUCGAGAGACAGCUAGCAAAAUAUUUCAAUUCUGGACACUAGAAAAUGAUUCAGAGACCUUAAUCCCUUUCUCAUCUCAUCUAUGCGAGUGUAAAUGAUUCGGAGACCUUAGAUAUUACAAUUCUGGACACUGGAAAAUGUACAAAGCCACUGUGGAAGCCCAAUUGUGUUAUUGCAUUGAUAUUUUUUUAUUCAAAAGAAGAAUGGAACAACAAAUCAGGAUUAAUUUUUUUAUUUAUUUAUUAAUUUAUACAGUUUCUACUGUAUUAGAUAUGCAUCAGCGGAC